GGAGCGGCCCGUGAAGGGGCCCGAGGCGUGGCGGCAGCGGGAGAAGCGGCGGCCGGGAUGAGCGUGGUCGGGACCCCCGCGGUGGUGUCGAUCUCCAUCAGCAGCAGCCUCAACUCUUUCCGCGCCCUGAAGAGAUAUGCCCGCGGCCUCACCAUCGCCGAGUUCAAGUGCAAGCUGGAACUCGUUGUCGGGAGCCCAGCCUCAUGCAUGGAACUUGAACUCUACACCCCGGAUGAUAAGUUUGUGAUGAAGCUGGACCAGGAUGAGGCCUUGCUGGGCUCCUACCCAGUGGACGAUGGAUUCCGAAUCCAUGUGAUAGACCGAAGUGGGGCAACGAUCGGAGAAUACGAGGACGUCUCGAAGGUGGAGAAGUUCCAGAUUUCGGAUACUGAAUACGAGAAGCGAACAGAUUCGGCUCGCUCGUUCAUGAAGCGCAGCCACCUGGGGCAGUACAAGGAAACGCCGGGGAAGGAGUCCGAGGCGGAGCAGAAGCUGCUGGAGGAGAAAGCCCUGGCGGAGGCCAUUUCCGUGGGGGCCAGGUGCGAAGUGCGAGUCACGGGGCAGCCCAGCAAACGGGGGACCGUCAUGUACGUGGGCUUAACAGAAUUCAAACCUGGUUACUGGGUUGGGAUCAAGUAUGACGAACCGGUGGGAAAACACGACGGCAG